CAGUGCACCUGCAAUGGCAAUUCACAGAGUUGGAAUUAUGGCGAAAUGGGCUUCAAAAAUUAAACACUUUGGGAUGUGAUAAAUAUAACGGACAAGGAAAAUCAGAGCGCGUGUGACCAAAACAUAUCAGAGCUGGAGCCACGCGCUGAGAGCUAUAUUAGGUCACCGCAUUGCUGCUUUGACUCUCAAAGCAACGGGGACGGGAAAUAGCACGGAGCACGAGCACGGGCGCCCGGUUGUAUUUGAUUUAAGCCGCAGCAUACCACAGCAAGGAGACCGUUCUGUUUCGUUCACUAAAUUACUAUCCGUGGAAGAUGUAUUUUUAUUUUUUAACUACGACCUGCUUUUCAACUGAUAACCGAGAAACCGUAGAUAAAAUAAGAUGUUAAAGUGAUUACCAAGGGUAAAUAAUAAACAAUACUGGGCAAGCAAGGUCCCUUCCCCGAGCGCAGGUGGAUCCAACGAAGUGGUGGAACAGGGUAUUGAACGAGAACAGGAACUGCAGCGUACCACGAUAACCUCGGGACUUCUAGCCUACUACUACUAUAUUCAAAUAAUAGGUCUAACUAUUCAUUCCUAUAUCUGCUUUUUGGGGGUCCAUUAUGAUGCUAAAUUGUUUCACAACCUGGAUGUGUAUCAGAACAUCAUUAUGAUGGAAAUAUAAUAACCCAAGUGAUGUUGCCACUGUAGAACGCAAAACGCACUUGGACUAAUAGUGUUUAAAGGAUGCCUGAAGCACUCGCCCCAGCCCAGGCGCUCUACAUCGGCAUGGAGGUGGUGAUUGCCGUCUUUUCCGUCCUGGGUAAUGUGAUGGUGGUCUGGGCGGUGAAAAUUAACAAAUCGUUGAGAGACACAACAUUCUGUUUCAUCGUUUCUCUGGCCCUGGCGGAUAUCGCAGUGGGAGCCCUCGUCAUCCCCUUGGCGAUAACUAUCAGCAUCGGACUUCAAACUCACUUCUACAGCUGCCUAAUGGUCGCGUGCACGGUGCUGGUACUGACGCAAAGUUCCAUCCUGGCCCUCCUGGCCAUUGCGAUUGACCGCUAUCUCAGGGUCAAGAUUCCAACCAGCUACAAGCGUGUGGUGACAAAGCAGCGAGCGGCCGUGGCGGUGGUGGUGUGUUGGACUGUGGCCUUCAUCGUGGGCUUGACCCCCAUGCUGGGCUGGAACAACCUCUGGAGGCUGCAGCAGAACGGUUCUCUGAACGAGGAUCUCAUCAUCACCUGUCAGUUUGAGAACGUAAUCAGCAUGGACUACAUGGUCUACUUCAACUUCUUCGGCUGGGUGCUGCCUCCUUUACUCCUCAUGCUGGUCAUUUACACAGAGAUCUUCUACAUGAUCCACAAGCAGCUCAACAAGAAGGCUUGUACCAUCAGCCACACCGACCCCAACAAGUACUACGACAAGGAACUCAAACUGGCCAAGUCGCUGGCCCUGGUCCUCUUCCUGUUCGCCAUCAGCUGGCUUCCCCUCCACAUCAUCAACUGCAUCACGUUGUUCUGUCCGACCUGCGACAAACCCCUGUUCCUGAUCUACAUCGCCAUAUUGCUCACGCACGGCAACUCAGCCGUCAACCCCAUCGUCUACGCCUUCCGCAUCAAGAAGUUCCGCGACGCUUUCCUGAAGAUCUGGAAGCAGUACUUCUGUUGUAAGGAUGUACCCGCCAUCUUGAACCAGCCUAGUGAGAAGGACAGGAAGGAGAACGAGAACCAGAAUGGGAACGGGAAUCCUAAUCCGAUCGGGGACUCACCGCCAGCUCCUUCGCCAUCACAAGAAGGGCAGCAGCUUCCACUAGAGCAGAUGGUUAACCACCAGCUGCCACAGAAGCCGCCGAUGGAGCACAACAAUAUCUAACUAUCCCCGGAAGAACGGGAGUUUCUACAUUGACGUGUUUCAGAAACCUUUGAGUUCCUAUGUUUUUUUUGGAGAUGACUAGAGGUUGUCAGAGUCAGAGGCAUCCUGAUAGUAGUCGUUUCCCGAAUGUGAGGCAACCAAUGGAGGAGGAGUGUGAGAAACAUUCCAGCAGUUUACUUUUUGUACCUUGCAUCUGCACCUGGAUGUGACUGGAUGUUUGUGUAUACUACUUUGAAAGGAGUGUGACAUGGUACCCUACUGAAUGGAAGGAUUCUGGAUGGAAGGAUUCUGGAUGGAAGGAUUCUGAAUGGAAGGAUUUUGGAUGGAAGGAUUCUGAAUGGAAGGAUUCUGGAUGGAAGGAUUCUGGAUGGAAGGAUUCUGGAUGGAAGGAUUCUGAAUGGAAGGAUUCUGGAUGGAAGGAUUCUGAAUGGAAGGAUUCUGGAUGGAAGGAUUCUGGAUGGAAGGAUUCUGAAUGGAAGAAUUCUGAAUGGAAGGAUUCUGGAGACGUGUUAGGCGACUUGCAGCUUAAAGAUCCAUCUUACAGACUGUGAAAUCUAAUUUUAACAUUCGUGUGGAGGUGGGGGUUGAAGAAAAAAAACAAACAUUGAAAAUGAGUAUUAGGGUUUAUACGGUAAAAAAACUGAGAAUUAGUAUUAGGGUUUAUACGGUAAAAAAAGUGUAAUCAAAAACAUGCAAUAAUGUAAGUCUAUUUGAUAAUGAGACUGAGACAUCUUAGUAGCUAACUGAACUGAAGACACUAAGCUUUAACUGACAGUUAACAGAACACUGACAGUUGACCUUUUUAGCGUUGUGAAAUUAGAGAGGAACUGACAGUUGGUAGGAUCCUCAUUCAAAAAAAGUGCAAAAUUGAGCACUGAUGGUGAGGUAUAAUCAGUGUCAGAUUAUCAAACGUUAUAACACUGAAUAAACAUGUGGCUUUACAGAGUUCCAGAUGUUGCAAGGUUAAUGUUCCUGCUGUUUAUUAAACUGUACUGAUUUAAGCUAACAAAGGCUUUAUAUGAAUGUAGUGAUGUAAAUUUGAAUUAAAUGUAGCUACGGUG